AUGUCGAUGUGGAGAUCCAUCCCGUCACCGGCUGUCAAGCGACGUGCAGAGACGAACCACGUCACGACGGUGCCGACGCAAGGUUCCAUCCGACCUUCCAUCCAGCGGAAUCCGCAAACCCUGUGCACACGGCACAGCGCACAGGGCCCCCUCACCUGGUUUAGCCCGCCGGUCGAGACGGUUGCUCGGGAUGUGGCCGCUGAGCAGAGCCCAGCUACGUGGAGCCACAGGUGAGAGUUGAGUGCCAGCAAGUGGACGCUAGGCGCAGUCUCACCUGCAAGCAAGUGAGCGACCACCACGACCAUUACGUGAACCCACCGCUGACACCCCUACACCCCCGUGGGUCAACUACCGUCGAGUGAACAACAGAAAGACGUGCAGGGCCAAGUUCAGUUGCACUGGCUCAUAGCCACCCUUACUUCCCCCUCCCCUGAAUAGUCCUUAAGACUGCCUGCAAUAUGAUUGGUUUUAGGCCACGCCACAUCCCCGCCCUCGGUGCCAUUCGUUAAUCGCUUUGUCAGCAUAAUUAUUUCGGCCUACGGCCUUUCUCGUUAUUUUUCAGAAGGAUUUCAAGACGCUGAAGUUUUCAAGUCCUCUUCUCGCAAGCACACUCUUUGUAACAUACUUCUGAAAAGUUGCAUAGGGUUAGAAAUUGCCAAACGACGUCGCUCAACUUUGCUGUUCCUGAUAGCUAAGUUGUUGGGCAGAUUAUUUUCCUACUCCACAUAUAUGUGUAUAUCGGCAACUUCUUUUUCCCGUACUUCGCAGUUGUUUUGUGUAUAUACAUACAAACACGUAUCCCACUUUUUGAAGUCCUUGUUUUGUCUUGCCCUGAUAUAGUGUUGAUUUGUUAACUUCAGUAAGUUUGCCUUGUCCUUCAUUCAGUUCUUGUCUCCCAUAAUAAUCACAUGGAAAUACUCGCCUUAAUCCUGCGUGGACUUCUGAGGUUCCGAGAGAGAGAGAGAGAGAGAGAGAGUGAUGUCGACUCUGAACUCAUAAUUCCUCUCUAUAAACAAUCUGAUACGCUUGAGACUAUCAGGGUGCGCUAAAAACCGUGGCUUGGAAGGUGGCCAAUGGAUGAUUCAACUCAGACCUCGCAGGUAACCCAGUGCGUGCCUGUGCGUGGAGUGGCUGACUGAUGGACUAUCAGUCAGACUGCGAUGAACCCUUCUUAAUGUGACCUCUAUGGCACUCUCACACAUGUGAGAUCCGAGCCACCUACCACAUUUGCGUGAAGUCCUGGUUGUGUGAGUAGCCAGGUCGUGUGCGUGGUGCGCGGAAGCGAGGUCUCUAGCUCCUUCAGCCAAUGCGUCCAGUUCCCGCAUCAGACAAAUGACCGGCUCGGACAGUGGGCCGAUACCUGGGAGUGGAAAGCGAGCGAGGGGGAUAGACAGCAAGAGAGGUCGAUGGUCCCAGCGCAUAUUCCUCCCAAUAAAAAAUCUGAAACUAAUGAACCUACCACGGUGCGAUAAAAGCCGUGGUUCGAAAGGCUACCAACUGAUGGGAUAACUCGAACCUUUCAGUCAACCCAGUGGAGUGGACGACUGGCGGACUGAGAGUCGAAUUGUUUCUUCUUAACGUGGCUCCUGCGGCAUCCCCACUCGGUGGGAUUUGAGAUAAUGUGGUAGCACACACUAGAUGUGCGCGUUUUCCCCACUUGCGUCCCCUCUUCCCCCCCUCCGGCCUUCUUGACUCUGUCUUGACAAGAUGGAGAAGAAGAGGGAGUGCAGCAGAUGCUACGCAAGUCCACUACCAUUAAAAACUAAUUCCCGCACAAGCCAUCGCCUCUGUACCCACCCUGCUGCGGAGCAUGCGACGGGCAUCGUCUGACUCCACGGUCGAAUGGCCAUAUCUGAUUGAGGAAAUUUAGAACACAAAUGAGGCAGAGACCUUAAUGUAUAUAACGGGGUUAUUUUGCUGGGGGAAUUUAUGUGACUUUCACCCUCCAGUGAGACGAAGCGCGGAAGUUCGGGGAAUAACCGCAAUCCUACGUCCGGUAUAAACAAAAAAUUAGGUAGUACGUAGCUAGGUUCUUUAUCACCUUGCUUCAGGUCGUUCCUAGUACCGUAACACAAACAUAUUCUUAAGUCGAGAAGUGAUGUCCUGUGCACAGCUUAUAUCGCAAGAGUCUACGUCUAAUGUGACCUUUCGUUCGAGAAAUGAUCGGAUAGUGAGUGAAGAUACCGUCGUUUGAAUACUUCCAAUCUAUGGACGUCCGCAGGGCGCAUUGGAUAUGUCUAACUUCUGCGUAGUCUUGGUUGUCCAGGCUGUCUUAACGAAGCCCACGCAUAAUCAUGGAAUGGUCUCCAAAUUGUUAUUACGACGAUUUCAGCGUUUCGGCGAUGGGUCGGGCGAAGUUCGAACAUGCUUGGUCAGUCCGAUGGUCAACUUCGUGUUUUCCUGGCCUAUUUAGGAGAGCAGUCUACCCAAGAACUUAACCGUUCGCUUUGACGUGACAAGCUAGGCUGGCCAUUAAUCUACCGCUCUUUAGGACUAUUUUUACAUUGGCACUUAGCUCAGUGGAUAACCGGUCGCAACAGACUCAUACUGCCACUAAUUUCAAAAUACCUGUUCGUCAGAUCCCGCAGCCUCUUAUUCUUUCUUUGUUUUGCUCGGAUCAGUUUCUUUAUUUUUCUUACAAAACCUGAUACAUGUCCGCGAGUCCAAGCCGUGUGCGACACACGCAGACCGGCUGGUUAACUUUGUCGGCCACUGUUCUCGAGUCCACCUCCGGUCGUCUUGAUUCUACCUUAUCCUCCGACCCAGGCGGAUGAGAGAGGAGGGAGUACGCCAGACGCUGCGCAAGUCGCCGUUCUGCGCCCAUCACGAUCUGGAGCGCACGGUGGACCUCAUCGUACACUACAGUCAAACUAUCGUUCACUUGAAGUGCUUACGAAUCAAAUUUCGCCUUCCGAUAUACCAGUGACACUUACCACCUAAUGUUUGUUGGUUUCCUUGUUUCUCGGUACGUUUAAAUUGUAGUAAAAUAACAGAGUAUUAGAUUUGCCGUUUAAUCCAGCUUUUUGCGGUACUCAACCGCUGAUUUGGCCUCAUGACAGUUCGACCGUCGCAUCCAACGAUGCCCACCGUGUGCUCCACAGCAAGGCGAAGCAGGUACGGUGACUUGCGCAUGAUUUGGUUUACAGUGAGUGUAGACCUGUGCGGAAUCUGCCGCACCCUCUCCUCAUCCCACCUGGACCCAAUGUCAAGAUAUAGUCUGGAAGACCGGGGGGAUGGCGCAGGUGGAUGGUGCGGCCGAGCCCACAUCUUGGCGCUCAAAUCCGCACCCCCUGGUUCACAACGAACAUUUGCCAGGGUUUUAACUAACAACAACAGCACCACAACCGGUCAGAAAGAGGGAGAGGAGGAGGAGGAGGAGGAGGAGGAGGAGGAGGAGGAGGAGGAGGACGACGACGACGACGACGACGACGACGACGACGACGACGACGACUGGAUGGCCAUGCUCACAACCUGUACACCCAGCUGGAGCGCAAGCUCAUCUACCGGCAGGGAACCAGCUGUCAAAUAA